GUGAAUUCAACAAGAAGGAGUCACUUCUAAUUUAGCAGGAUGCAGUGGAUAAAGGUGGCAUAUGCAGGACUGAUGAUUUGUUCCAGUUUGUGCUCAGUGUGCGGGAACACCGUACUACUGCUCCUGCUGCUGUCUGACAGGAACCUGCAGACUGAGACAUGGACCCUGACGCUCAGUUUCAGCCUGAGUGAUCUGGCACUUGGCCUCUCAACCAUCCCUUUCGGAGCCCAUAACAGCCUGUUCCGGCCACAGGGAUAUGCCAGCUCAAGUGCUCUGUGCCAAGGCAGUGCUUUUCUUUUCCUGCUGCUCCAGUUGGCAUCAGUCCACUCACUUACCUGGGCUACCAUUGACAAGUUCACAGAGAUCUGCUUUCCUCUUAAAUAUCCACGAAUCUUCAAUGCCCGCAGAACCAGAGCGAUCCUCACCAUCAUUUGGAUUUAUUCACUCUUGAACGCCUCUCUGCCGUUGCUGGGGUUUGGAAAUUAUAGCUACAGCAGCAGCAGGUUUCUCUGUGCUCCCAGCUUUGAGCCUGCCAACACUGGUUUCAAUAUGUUCUUCAUAGUAGUGGGAAUCAUCACGCCCAUUUUAGCAAUGUGCUGCCUGUACGGCUACAUUGUGUACAUAGCCUGGAAUCAAGUACGACGAGGGACAUUUGUUUGCAACGAACAUCACUGUUUUUAUGUUCCUGCCAAUAAUUAUUUCAAGAGCUCCAUUGUCAUGGUGACAACCACAGUGUGUCUGCUCAUUUGCUGGCUGCCAUAUAUCACCAUCUGCUUCCAUGAGACUCUGACAGGAAGCGAGAGCCCUCAACCCGCCUCUGCUAUAGCCACCUGGCUCAUGCUCUUCACCUCCACGCUCAACCCGUGGACCAGCUCUAUGUCCCAGACGAGGUACAGAGUCGCUCUGCACAGGAGUGUAAACAGAAUACGCCGGUGUGGACAGAAGAACUCCAUCUCCAGAAGUACAGAAAUGCGCAGAGAGAGUCACAACUGUCCCUCUUCAGUGUCCAGUGCACCUCGAGUACUACAAAAAGCACACACUGACCAUGCAAAUGAGCCCAAAGGGAGCUGAGCAUGCUUUUCUUACCUCUGGCUGCUGUAUGAAUGCAAGACCAUACAAACAAUGUGCUACAGAAAAUAGAUAAGUUAACACCUUUUCAUGGGAAGCACAGUAACUAACUGGGCUUUUGAGAUGACAAGCACAAACAUGCAGAUUUAAAAGCCUGAGCUAUAAUGUGAACAGUAACUUCUGAAAAUUGUACUAAGAGAAAUGUGAG